AUGCGCCUAAACUGUACCGGCCGUCUAGUCUAUAAGACUUCGCUUUCUCGACGAUCAUUCAUUCACUACUAUCAUUUCCUUGUGAAAUCUGUGCAUGACCAUAGAACGGCACUGUUUUACGGCUCACGUUUCCGUGACUCUUUCCUAAUAGGCCGAAAUGAUGCGGAGAGUGCUACUUUGGCUCAUGGCCUCUGGAGGCAUUCUCAUGAUGGCUGUGAAAGUCCCAUGCAGACAACUCCAGAACUCUAUUCUCCAAAUACAGGUUGCUGUGGUAAUGAUACUUCUAGCUGGCUUGAAAGUGAUGUUGGAAGUGGCUCUGGUAUCACUGAAAGCUUGCGCAUGUUGUAUAUCCCCACCACUGUUCCAACGUCCACGCCUCUUCCUAUGACGUCACCCAUGUCAACAGCCUCUUCAGAGCACACUAUGUCAUCAUUCAGUGUUUUUACACCCACUACAUCUUCAACUUUGUUUGUCGCACCUUCACCCACAUCUACAAUCAACGCUACUGAAAUACCUUCAAUCACUAAACCAUAUAAAAGCUCCACUUUAACAGAUGCUAUUCCUACACCUAGUACACCUCUUUCCACUACUUCACGUGUUCCUACCAGCCUGUCGUCUCCUAUCAUUUCACCCAACUUCCAACCCAGUUCAUUACAGUCUCAUGCUAUCACUGCCACCAUUACUGAUGGGUCAUCAGCCGUAGUAGCCAUUGCUACGUCUGAAACUCCCGCUUCACCUCCAACUGAAGAUCGAGACAUCCUCAUUUUCUGGCUUGUUAUUGGACUUGCUGUAGUAGCUGUGGUCCUCACCCUCUUCCUCUGCAUCAUGAUCUCCAUUUUCCUUUGGCACAGAAGUCACAUGAGAAGAAGCUACGACCUCAAAAAGGCCAGCAACCUGACUUACGGAAGGUCUUACAUGGAAGACCCUCUCCCUGAUCUCUCCAGUAGUGAGGAUGAGUCACCAUGGAAGAUACAGGCUCGCCUCAAACAGAGGUUCAACAAUGUGUUGGAUAGUCUCAAUAGAAAUGUUAAUGUUAUGGACAACCUCAAUUCCAUUGGUAAGGCAAUUGAGCCCGGAAUUGGCUCCGAAGAAGAAGAUGAUGAAACUUAUGGUGAGGAGUGUGGGUCAGGGGGGUCUGGGUCGGGGUGUGGGCUUGCCCUCACGACCACAAUUGAACUCACAGCGUCGCCCAUGCCCACACCGUCUCGGAUGGAGGAAGAAAAAGAAGAGGGAGACGACGCGGGGCUGUCUGCUGGAGCUGUGGCUGGAAUAGCAGUCGGUAGUGUGGUAGGCGUUGCAGCAGUCGGUGGCGUUGGAGCCCUGGUCGCUGUCCUUAUCGUGAAAGCUGUCAAGGGUGGUGGGAGUAAGGUUUCCCCGCUGAAAAAGGGAGACGCAGGUGGAGAACGCGUCAAAGUCGAAAAACAGUCUCUCAUUGAGACACUACCUAAACCUGAAUAGAACCACCUAAAUAGAACAUGUAACACAUAUUUCAAGAUGCACAUUAAUUAAUGAUUACGCAGCGAAGAAUUUCCAUGAGUCCAUAAAUUGAAGUUUACUCUAAUAGAUGUAUGUAUGCAGUGCCAUAAAAACAUUAUUCAACUACAUAAUAUUGUUGUUUAUCGGUUAUAUUAUACACAAGUCACAUAAUGAUGAGUUAAAAUGGUGGCCUAAUACAUCGGAGUAAAAAAGCACAGUAAACUGCUGAGGAAAUAGUGUUUGCAUGUUUUAACGAUCACUUCAAAAUUGAGGGUCUUCCAAAUACUCCCUCUCGAGGUCAGUUUUGACGAUUUCGUCCUCUUGUUCCCCGUAAAUCGGAUUAUCGUACUCUCUCGAUUCUCCUGGUUCGUAGAGUGUCUGCGACAGACGGGCCGUCCCUGCCGUUUCGUGCUCGUCAAAAUUGAUGUACGGGUCGCUAGAUUUCUGUGUCUGGCGACGCCGGAAGAGCAAAACAACAACCACCAAGACGACAAUAGCCACGAUGACUACCAUGAUAAUAAUGACUAUGGGGAUAACGAUCCCAGCUGUCUUGUCUGAUCCACGGUUUGAAGUAGAUUCAGUGGUCGGUGUAUCAGGUGGUGUGGUAGUGGGUGUCGACAUAGGUUGGGGGCUUUGAACACUACAGAAAUCAUCUCCGAAUGAAUUGAUUACGACUCGACACUCGCCGUUUAGUUUGACAGUGAAAUCGCCAAGAUUUAUAUCCGCGUUUGCCUCGACCCAUUUCUCGAGGUUGGUCGUAACGAGCUCGUUUUCAACGGGAUCUCCCAGGAGAAUAGCUCUGAAAGUGGCACUUACUGGGUCGCUGUCACACGUCAAUCUUAUCUCCCUGUCUGUUAUAUCUUCAACUUGCAGGUCACAGGCGUUGCAUUCUUCCUUCACGUGAGACAGGAUGUUGGAGACAAUUGAAGAUGCUCUCGCCCCAUCAGGCGCUGAAUGCUAUGAGAAGGUAAGAAACAAAUUUCGUGGUAAAAAAGU